AGAGUAGUGUAUGAGUAACUUAGCAGGAGCGGAGUGGGUGAGUGUUGCUGAACAUUAAAUAUUAAACCUGAUAGCUCAUUUACGAGCACAAAUUGUUAUUUAAGGCUGUUGUCCUGCUGCCAAAUGUGAAGGAGACACCGAUAUUUUCAAAAUAAGUCCGAGAAGAGGCGCGGGGCUUGGGUGUUCAUUAUACAGCAGCUAGCAGGUAGUACGGUGAGCUGUCCCUAACCUCGCCAAAAUGACCAAGCUGGGCUUCCUGCGUUUGUCCUAUGAGAAACAGGACACGCUGCUGAAGCUGCUCAUCCUGUCUAUGGCUGCUGUCCUCUCAUUCUCCACCAGACUCUUUUCCGUCUUGAGGUUUGAAAGUGUCAUCCAUGAGUUCGAUCCGUACUUCAACUACCGUACCACCCGCUUCCUGGCAGAAGAAGGGUUUUAUAAGUUUCACAACUGGUUUGAUGACAGGGCAUGGUAUCCUCUGGGGAGGAUCAUUGGUGGCACCAUUUAUCCAGGACUGAUGAUCACCUCUGCCGUCCUGUACCACAUCCUACAUUUUUUCCACAUCACCAUUGACAUCCGUAAUGUCUGUGUCUUCCUGGCUCCCCUGUUUUCAUCCUUCACAGCCAUAGUCACCUACCACUUCACCAAAGAGUUGAAGGAUGCAGGUGCUGGGCUCCUGGCUGCUGCCAUGAUUGCAGUGGUGCCUGGUUAUAUCUCUCGUUCUGUAGCUGGCUCCUAUGAUAAUGAAGGUAUUGCCAUCUUCUGUAUGCUGUUGACCUAUUACAUGUGGAUCAAGGCUGUCAAAACGGGGUCAGUGUACUGGUCAUCCAUAUGCGCACUGGCCUACUUCUACAUGGUUUCCUCCUGGGGUGGCUACGUGUUCCUGAUCAACCUUAUCCCCCUCCACGUCCUGGUUCUGAUGCUCACAGGCCGAUUCUCUCACCGCAUCUACGUGGCUUACUGCACCGUCUACUGCCUGGGCACCAUCCUCUCCAUGCAGAUCUCUUUUGUUGGUUUCCAGCCAGUGCAGUCAUCAGAGCACAUGGCGGCCUUUGGUAUGUUUGGCUUGUGCCAGAUUCAUGCCUUCGUGGACUACCUGCGCAGCAAACUCAAUGCCCAGCAAUUUGAGGUGCUGUUCAAGAGCGUCAUCUCCCUGGUGGGCUUCAUCCUGCUGUCUGUGGGCGCUGUUCUCAUGCUGACUGGUAAGAUCUCUCCAUGGACUGGUCGUUUCUACUCCCUGCUGGACCCCUCGUAUGCCAAGAACAACAUUCCCAUCAUUGCCUCCGUCUCUGAGCACCAGCCCACAACCUGGUCCUCGUACUACUUUGAUCUCCAGCUGCUGGUCUUCAUGUUCCCAGUUGGUCUUUACUACUGUUUCAACAACCUGUCGGACGCCAGGAUCUUCAUCAUCAUGUAUGGGGUCACCAGCAUGUACUUCUCAGCUGUCAUGGUGCGUCUGAUGUUGGUACUGGCUCCUGUUAUGUGCAUCCUGUCAGGCAUUGGUGUGUCCCAGGUGUUAACCACUUACAUGAAGAAUUUGGAUGUUAGCCGGCCAGACAAGAAGAGCAAGAAGCAGCAGGACUCCACCUACCCCAUCAAAAAUGAGGUUGCCAGUGGGAUGAUUCUGGUCAUGGCCUUCUUCCUCAUUACAUACACCUUCCAUUCUACAUGGGUGACCAGCGAAGCCUACUCCUCUCCUUCAAUUGUCUUGUCGGCACGUGGAGGUGAUGGCAGCCGCAUCAUCUUUGAUGACUUCAGAGAGGCCUACUACUGGCUCCGCCACAACACUCCUGAGGAUGCCAAAGUCAUGUCGUGGUGGGAUUAUGGCUAUCAGAUAACUGCCAUGGCUAAUCGAACCAUUCUAGUGGACAACAACACAUGGAACAACACACACAUCUCCAGAGUUGGACAGGCCAUGGCGUCCACGGAAGAGAGGGCUUAUGAGAUUAUGAGGGAGCUGGAUGUCAGUUAUGUCUUGGUUAUCUUUGGAGGACUGACGGGCUAUUCUUCAGAUGACAUCAAUAAGUUUCUCUGGAUGGUCCGUAUUGGGGGAAGCACAGACACAGGCAAACACAUCAAGGAGCACGACUACUACACUCCCACCGGAGAGUUCAGAGUGGACCGCGAGGGCUCACCUGUCCUGCUCAACUGCCUGAUGUACAAGAUGUGCUACUACCGCUUCGGCCAGGUCUACACAGAGGCCAAGCGCCCACCUGGUUAUGACAGAGUGAGGAACGCUGAGAUUGGGAACAAAGACUUCGAACUGGAUGUGUUGGAAGAGGCCUACACAACAGAGCACUGGCUGGUUAGGAUAUACAAGGUGAAAGAUCUGGACAACCGGGGUCUUUCAAGGACAUAAAACCUUCAGACAGCAGCAAAAACAGCCUUUUAGCGCACAGCACUGAACACCUUCCCCUGUGGUCUGCAGAUGAGUGGGAAAAGAGUACUUUUUAUACUUUUGUUUGGGGGAAGAAAAUUGCAUCCAAGAGAUUUUUUUUUUUUUGUGUGGAUGAUUUUCAUUUUUUUUAUUUUGUUAUAAUGAAAUGUCUCAUCUGGGAUCAGAGGGAGCUGGUGUCAAAACGUCCAGUCUGAUGUCAGGAAGUGUAAUUUGCCAUGAAGCGGUCAAAAGAAAGCAGUGUUCAUUUAAGAGCGCUUCAGAUUUUUACAAUGUGGUCAAUUAAAGUGGGAUUGAACGUGA